UACCUUGGUGUAGGCUCUCCUGAUCUUCUUCCACCCACAGAGGAUCAAUCUGUGGGGAGUGACUAACCCCCAUUGCAGGCGCCCUCCAAAAUGCCAAUUCUGAAAAGCUCUGUGUCCCUUUUUCUGCUGUUUCUCAAUCCCCUGCAGUGCCCCACGCUGGGUCUAAGGAACGGGCCUGCCGCCUCCAGCCUUCCUGAAAAAUGUGGGGCUCACCAAUUCUUCAACCUUGAGACCGGCCAGUGCAGCUCCUGCACCCCAGAGCUGAUCCCGAGUCCUGAGGGUUUGAGUUGUGUUUGCAAGCCUGGAUUAAAAGAGUCAAGUGGAGAACCCCAUCGUCUUCCAUGCCCUGAUUGCAGCAAUGUCCCCCCUGGCACCCUCUGGGAAUCUGAGUUUCUUGAUGGGAGCUUCCUAGCAUGUGAGAACACCUGCAAUGCAACAGCUUGUCAAAUGCUCACCAACAUGGUCAUCCUCAAAGCUUUCUCUUUGCAAACCAGGCCUUACGAUCUUUACACCAAGGUCAAAGGAUCCAACUGGGCUUUGUGGAGCCUUUGUUUCCUGCAGGAACACCUGCCAUCUUCUAUUGACUUCAAGCUCAUUCAGUACGAUGUCUGGGGAAAGUUCCUGGGUUGGCAGGACGUAAAGGGAGCAACAUUGCAGCUCUGUCCGAACAGCCAGAAGGUCCUGGAUGCAGCUUUCCUCUUGGGAACCACAUACAGUCAGUCUUGCACCCUUGAAGUCUCUGCCCUGCUGCAAAGGACUCCAGAACCCAUCUUCUAUGAGAUGUUUUUGCAGUUUGAAGAUGAGAAGGGGAACGCCCAGCUAUGGCCCAUUCCUAUAAGCAGUCCCACAAUGGUAACAAACAAUCAAGCACCCCCACUGACUCAAGCACUCCGGAGAUUCUUUCUGAUCGAUGGGCUAUCAAGCAGAAAAGGGAAUUUGUCAAAUGCGCCAGAGUCUGUUACCCUGGCAAAGGAUUUGAUUCUCAGUGUCCACCUUCCAACCACUGUUCCUGGGGAAGACCCACCUUUCUUCUUGACAGUCAGAUAUGCCACAUACCCCCUCGCGGGAGCUGCCCGGGUGUCAUUUUCAGUCUCCUACAUUCAGAGACCUGGAUCAGCUCAGCUAGCAACGGAUAUUGCCUUUGGGGUCCUGGGGUUCCUCGCUGUCCUCUAUGCUUUGUUGGAAACCAGCAGCUGGGCCCGGCGAUCUCGUCUGCAAAAUAUCGGUUUCACGACCAUAUUGAAAUUCUUUGCUUGCUUGGUUGGCUCUCUGGCAAAUGUCUUUUUCAUGGUCACCUUGGGAAUUGGCAUUUACUGGCUGAUCGUUUUCAAGGGUCAGCAGUUUUCUACUGUGGAAAUUACACUCCCAGCUGCUGGUAGCCAAGCAGAAACCAACUUUAUAAUCUAUGCGUUGUGUGCUCUGAUUUUGAAGAGCCUGGAUCUCCUACAUCUGCUAAUCACCCAGCUAACGGUCUCCAUUUUCCUGAUCGACUGGGAGAAGCCGAAGGACAAACCAACAAUGAAAGGAGGUCCAGCCUCGUCAGUGAGUGCCUGGAGGACUUUUCUGAUCGCUAAUGAGUGGAAUGAAAUCCAGACACACAGGAAGGUGCAUCCUUCGCUUCAGCUGUUUGCGGUUUUGUUGGUUUUGGAGGUGGUGGGGCUAAAAAACCUCGCAUCAAGAGACCUGAAUGUCACUCUGCAGCCUGAGCCAAAUACUUACCAAGCUCCCUGGAGCCCAAUUCUUCGUUUUGGGAUUGCCGCUUCUGUUUGGCUGGUGGUGGCCAUUGUGCAGAUGUUGGUGUCCGUUGGGUUAUAUCAACGUUUUGUGGAGGACAAGAUUCAUCAGUUCAUUGAUCUUUGUUCCUUGAGCAAUGUAUCUGUGUUCAUCUUGACACACAGGUGUUACGGAUUCUACAUCCAUGGGAGAAGCGUCCACGGACAUGCUGAUGUGAGCUUGGACACAAUGCUCUCUUAUCUCAGGAAAGAGGAGGACAAUCUUUGUCCCCUGAGGGGUUUGGAGGCUAACUCUGAGGUGCAGACCUUCGAGGUGCUUCUCACUGACCGGACUCGGACCUUCUAUGACCGAAUCCUCCUCUCAUUAACAGAGCAUCAGAGAGGACUCCAAAGUCGCCCUGAUCUUCACGAGCUGAGGCUGAAAGGCUACCAUGCGCUGAAUUGGUUCCUGGUGUCCUUCUUGGAACACAGAUAUAAAGAUGUGGACUACAUAGUGAAGGACAAGUUUUUCUCGGAGAGGGUCAUGGACCUGGAAUUUCAGGAGCCGGGAGACCUCUCGAUUCUCUAUAACGAUGACGGUGCAUUGUUCAGCCGGACGCUCUUCUAUGGCCACGAAUUAUUGCUCCUUCUCUUUGAAACCCUCCUGUUCUGCGCUGUGGAUUUGGGGGCACAGAAUUUUGUGCUCUCAGCGGUUGUUACCUUUGCUGUGCAGAAGCUUGUGCAAGUGGCGCGUGACACGCUCGGAAGGCGAAAUCUAGCAGAGAAGACCUUGGUGGAAAAACAGUUCCUGAUCUGAGAGCCACCACCAAGCCCUUCCACGUGGGAAGAGAAGAAGACCCUGCUGGGCCAGGCUGCCGAUGUGCUUGGAAAGAAUCCCAGACUUCUCAGCCUGGGAAAUUUCAUCUUUUAGGGAAGAAAAAUGUCUGAAUGGUUCUUAUUUCUGGGAUUCUCAUUCAAACAAAGCAUGUGAAAGAAUGUGUGUGGGGGGGAGUAUAUUCCCCCCCCCCCGGGCCCUCAAAGACUUGAUGCCUCUGCUUGCAAGUUUGGAUGGCCAUGUGCUUCCGAUUGUAGGCCCAGCACGUUCCCUGUAGAAUUAUAGGGAAUCCUCAAAUUACAACUGUCUGUUUAGUGACUGUUCCAAGUUACAACGGCACUAAAAAUGUGAUUUAUGACUUUUAUGAUUUAUGACUGAACUGCUGUUAUGCUGGCUGGGGAAUUCUGGGAGUUGAAGUUCACAAGUCAGUUUGGAGACCCCUGCUCUAUAGUGGACUAGAAACCUGCAUGCUUGCAAACCCCUAUCUUACAUGUAUGAAAACCAGCUUUUGAAAGUGUGACCUCCAUGUACAUUUCCCAAAUGAAAAUAAAAGGAUGCACUUGAAAA